AUGGUUUCGCCCGCGCGCACCGAGCCGCCUUUCCCCCUGGAGCGCCUUCCCGACGACAUGCUCGCGCUCGUCCUCCGCUCGGUCGCGCAGACCUCCUUCCGCCACGCGCUCGUUUCCAAGCGCUGGCUCCGCCUUUCCGCGUCCGCGCUCUCCCACUUGACCAUUCAGCAUCGCGGGUUUAAAUCGAACAAUGAUUCUAUAUUUGAGACACAUCCAUUUGAGGUCGACCGCAACGCGGAGCUUGCGUGGCUUCCGUUUCCGCACCUUCUUUCCGCGCUCCGCCGCUUCCCCGCCCUCACGCACGUGUCGCUGGGCAGCUUUUCCAUCUUAUCCGCCGACGGCGACGCGCUCUUCCACUGUCUGGCCGCCACGUGUCCGCGACUGCUCCAUCUAACGGUGGAGCAUCAGUUUAAAAUGUCGGUUACUGUAGACGGCCUCGCGUCGCUCUUCCAUGGAUGCCGCAAGCUAAGGGAACUCCGGCUAUUCACCACCAACGACCUCCCUCAUCUCCCGGCGUCCCUCUCGCUCCUCACGGAUCUCCAAACCCUCCACGUGUGCUCGCAUACUCGCUAUGGCCACCACUCGUUACAGGAGCUCGUUUCGCCGCCCGAGAGCAUCGGCGCGCUGCAGCAGCUGCGCGAGUUGGGGAUCGGCGCACUCCCUCCCACCCCGUCAUCGCUUCUCCUUCCCCACCACCUGUUGCCUCACCCUCCCACCCACCUCGUCAUCGCCUCUCCCUCCCACCUUUCCAUCGCUGCUCCCUCCCACCCUGCCAUCCACUUUCCAUUCCACCCCGCCAUCCCCUCUCCCUCCCACCGCGCCGUCGCCGCUCCCUCCCUCCCGCCGUCGCCUCUCCGUUCCUCCCGCCGUCGCCUCUCCCUCCUCCCCGCCGUCGCCUCUCCCUCCUCCCCGCCGUUGCCUCUCCCUCCUCCCCGCCGUCGCCUCUCCCUCCUCCCCGCCGUCGCCUCUCCCUCCUCCACGCCGUCGCCUCUCCCUCCUCCCCGCCGUCGCCUCUCCCUCCUCCCCGCCGUCGCCUCUCCCUCCUCCCCGCCGUCGCCUCUCCCUCCUCCCCGCCGUCGCCUCUCCCUCCUCCCCGCCGUCGCCUCUCCCUCCUCCCCGCCGUCGCCUCUCCCUCCUCCCCGCCGUCGCCUCUCCCUCCCACCCCGUAGUCGCCUCCGGCGACAGGUGCACGGGCGCAACCGCGAGUUGGUGCGCGAGCGCGGGUUGGUGCGAGAGCGUGGGUUGGUUUCUGGCACCGUGGUUAUCAGUCCCAUUUGA